GUGGAUGCUUUAUUCCUGUACAAUGACCUACAGAGAUACCGCUCGAAAUUCCUCGCAGAACCCUUUUUCCUCUCCUCCGGAUCGAUCGGGUUCGAAAACUUGGACACGUUUCUCUGUCUGGCGUGCCUUCUCAACUCUUCUGAAUCUCUGAGCGCAAGGUGUGGGGAGGACGGGGGGUUGCCAUUAAAAUUGAAGACGCUGUUUGUUGUUCAGAGGUGCAUUUGUAUUAUAAGUGGCAGGGGGAGGUGUAGAAGGCAGCUUUACAUAAAGUUGCCUUUCGAGUUGUGAGAGUGAGGAUUGUUCUACAGUAUUUAAUGCUAUCCAUGCGGUUGGUGUCUUGCAGAUUCUUGAAGCAGCCAUAGAACUGUCUAAUCAUGUUUGUUGAUCAUGAUCACUCCAUCAUAUCUUCAGACUAAGAUCCGACUUUUGGUCACAGAUCUAUUUUUGUCAUAGGUUUGAAUAGUGCCAAGAAAAGCAAUCCUCAACAUUUAUUUGUUACUGAGUUUAUAGUAGUAUCUUUAUUGUGCUCAUUGCUUUAGUAGCUUUCUACCUAGGGUUGUCUUUUUUGAAUUGCUUUAACAGAACAAAUUGGUAGCAUGAGAGCACCAUUUUGUAAUGACUCUCCAGAUCUAAGCCCAGAAGAAAAGGGCAUAAUUUGUCAUGAAAAUGAAGAUGAGAGAGAGAUACAUUCAAUUGAGAGGUCAUUAGCUCGAAGUCACACAAAUAAAACAGCUGUUUUUGGAAUUUGUCUUGAUGAUCUAAUGGGAACCACAGCCCAAGUGACACCACAGAUACCAUUUAUACUAUCUCGCUUGUGCCGAUAUAUUGAAACACAUGGGUUGUGCUACAAGAAUUUGUUUUUGGAAGGUGAUGUGAAAAGUGUUGUUGAGAAUUUAAAAGGUGAAUUUUCUGAAUGUGGUGAUGCUUCCCUAGAAGCUGUUCAUGACAUUGCUUCAGUUGCCAGAUUGUUAUUGAUGUUUUUUGAGGAAUUGCCUGAACCUUUAAUUCCAAGAUCUGCCCAGUCAGACUUUAUAACAGAUAUGGAAAAAUUGUCAUUGAAUUCUAAUAACUGCAUCUCGCACUUGAAACAUAUUGUUGAAAAACUUCCAGACUCAGCUUAUCAAGUGCUGAAAUAUUUAUCACGAUUUUUACUGCGAGUUGCUUGCCAUGAAGAAUACAAUGGAAUGAAUUGUGAAAGCUUAGCUAUUAUAUUUGGCCCAAUACUAUUCAGACCUUCUUCAAAAGAUCCAUCCCUUCUUACUCAAUUGAAGAAUAUUGUUAAACGAUUUGUGCAGGAUUAUCAUGACAUCUUCGAAGAUGAUGCAAAAUCCUCAAUUUAUGAAGAUUUAUCAAAAUAUUCAACUAAAGUUUGUAGACAGCUCCCAUGCCCAUCUGCUGUCAUGCCUGUUGUGCCAUUAUCUCCUUUAAGUGUUGUAAUACCAUCAAUGGACACAAGUACUGACAGAAAUGUUAUGGAAAGUGUACCUGCUCUUUUGAUUGAAGGGCCAAUUGAACCAACAGAAGGGAAUAAAAUGGAUGUAAAUCUUCCUAAUACAGAAAAUAAAGGUGUUACUAUAACAAGGAAGAGAAAAGAAAGGCGCUUUUCUGGUGAAGAUUCUCAGCCACGUUCUAGUUCUGAAGAAAGGCCAAAUACUAAUGGCUUACUGUCUUUAGAGAAUAUAGAGCUAAUGCGGCGUUGUAAUAGCCAUGAAGAAGUCAUGGAAGACAUUAAAAUUAAUGGAAAAAUGAGUACUUCAUCUAAACAUAUUAGGGAUAAAGGGGAUGCUUCACAUCAAGUAGAUUCAUAUUUAUCUGAUACUAUGGAGCUUGUUGUAAAUGAAAAGAAUCAUAGCCCACAUCCCCCAAAUGCUAAACGGCGUGAAGUUGAGACAUCAGAUUCUAUUAGGGAAUCUGUUGAUAAUUGGAAGUACCAGCCUUCCAAAUGUUCUGAAAAAUUAGCUAGCUCUGAUAUGCCUCUCUGUCGAGAUUCACAGCAACAUCCCACUGCUGAAUUCUUGGAUAAAAACACUAUGGAAUGUGAUGCUUCAGAAGACCACGGAACCAUGAAUGCUGAAGAAGAAUUUAUGGAAAGUAAAUCUGGAAUUACUAGACCUGCUAGUUGUCCUGUGCCCAAAACUGAAAAUGAUAGAGAAAAUUCUGAGUCUGAGUCCAGCUCUUUGUCUCUCAGUUGGAGUAUGCUAUUUGAAGAUUCUGAACCAAUUCGGUCUUCAUUACUCUGGUCUAAUAAUAAUCAAGAUGAAGCAUUGCUUUCACCUUCUGUCCAUGAACUUCGAAGUACAAAUUAUUAUGAAGCGCCUCUUUCACCCAGUGCUUACAGAAGCUACUUGUCACAUCGAGGUCCUCACUUGGAUCCUAGUGUUCCACCAUCUCCACCUGUUGAGCAAGAGGAUUUUGCUAAGAAGUUAGUGGAAAGUAGUGGCAUAUCUGAUUCUAUUAAGCAAUUUACGAAGAAAAUUCAUAGUAUUAAAAAGAGAAUAAGAAAAUUUGAUGAAAAAUUUGAAGCAGAAUUUGGGUACAAGCCUUCUCAUGCAGAAAAGUCUAACAAUGCUGAGGCAAAAAAAUUGUUGAAUGAUUUAUACAAAGCAAGGAAAGAACUGAAAAACUACACCACUGAUUUGCAGUCUUCAGAAUCUGAAACAAGUGCUACUGAAUCGAGUGCAUCAUCUGACGAUGACAUUCUUGAAAUGCAUGCAGAAUUAGAGGAGUUUUGUAAAGUUGUUCGUUCUUCAGCUACUGCCAGUUCUAAAGCACAAAAACAAGAAAAAAUACCAUUUGCAUUGAAGGAGGAAGCGCAUCUGGAACAAGUUAGCCCUGCCUCUGUUGAUUGGCAUGCAUCUCAGCGCAGCCAUGUGUUAGGUGACUCAACAAAUCAUUUCUUAAGAGAAGAUAGUAGAGAUAAAACAAAACCUUCCAUUGAAGUUUCUCUUGAAAUUACCUUAAAGACUUUAGCUGAAGAAAGAAAAAAUUUAAACAGACCAGAAUUGAUUGAUGACAUGACAAAUGAGCAAGUCAAAGAAGAAAAAGUUGCAAUUCAGAAAGCUUUGUUGCAUUUAGAGAGCAUUCAUGGCAAACCUUACACUAAAGAUGAGAGAAACAGCAUGAGGCCUUUGUAUGAUCGUUAUCGUAAUGUCAAGAAAUUGGUUCGAUCGACUUCAUUUCCAGGAUCAAUUUUGAAAAAGAAAGAUCUCUGUGGUGAAUUGCAGCCCAUUUUGGAACAUGAAACAAUGGAAUUUCCUUCUCGGGAAGUUCGAAUUGAAAAGGAUAUUCUCGACGAAGAAGCUGAACCUGAGAAAGCAGAAAUUAUUGCAGAGGGAAAAUUGACAGAGGAACCUAUGAAAGCAGAUGAGAAAAAAUCUGCUCAAACUUCUGGCAUUUUAACCAUGAAAUAUGACAAUUCUAACUUUCAUGAAUUGCCUUUGUCUGAAUUGAUUUUUCAACUACAGAAAGUAAAAUCGGAAAAGCGUCAUCUGCGCAAAAUAUUAAAAGAAUUCGAAACAGAAUUUCUGAGGCUAAAUGGAAGAAAAGUUCAAAAAGAAGAUAAAGCUCCUGUAGAUGCCAUCUAUAAUGAAUAUAAGCAUGUGAAAGCAAGAUUAAAACUUCUCGAAGCCCUCAUCUCAAAACAUGAUCAACAUCAACUCAUGUGAAGAAAUCGAAGCAGCUAUGUCUCUAAUCAAGUCUGCUACUUUGUUAUUGAAAGGCAUCGAUGAAAUGAAUCUCCGAGAGACAUUUCCUUUCAUUGCAAUAAUUUCCAGAAAUUAAAUUUGGUUUAUUGCAUCAUGGAGAACACUAUAAAUAUUCUUCUCUUAAGAUAGAUCAAGUUCUCUCUAAGGAAAUUUUGCAUUCUGAGGACAUACUGAAAGUACUGUAAACAACUCUACUAAUGUUGAAGUUGACUAAUUUCAACACGUUUUUGGGGACGUGCUGAAUAUAUUGCUAAUAUCUCCCACUAUUCGAUCAUUUGUUAAAUUACACGCUCUUUGAGGACAUGCUGAAAAUAUUACAAACAUCAUCUGACUGUAUCGGACCAGUUAUGAUGUUUAAUAACCUUCUAUAAGGGCAUGCUGAAAUCCUUGUUAAUAUCUGUGUUGAAUUAGUUUUGUUUCAAAAGAAUUAAAAGCUAUUUGCCCAUAACUGUUUCUUGUUGGGUUCAUACUGAACUAAUUAUUCCACAAAUAUUAGUAGAUUAAUGUUGUUAAUGACAAGUCAUGUAAGUCACAGUAUUACAAUCUGAAAAAAACAAAGUUAGCAUCCAACAUUUCACAACCAUUUGAAAGUGCAUGUAAUUUUUAAAUUCAUUUUUUAAUCAUUCAUAUAAUGUGUUUUCUAAUUAAUAUUUUGAAUUUAAAUUUAUUAAUUGAAGGAUUUGAAACUAAUAAGCACACUUAAUAUAAUUUUAGGUUAAUCUUUGAAUUUGUUUUUUCUUGGUUAUAUGUUUUUCUACUUUCAUGUUUGAUGAAAUUUGGCAUCCAAAUGUAUGCCGUUAUAGAAGUUAGAGUGAAGAUAAUAAAUACAUCAACUAACAAUCUGAAAUUCCUUUCUUUUGUAAUUCUUAUUAUAGCCAGUAUAUUUUGUAUAGAUUAUUUUUUCAUAAGCUGAUAUUAUGGUUCAUUUGUAUUUUAUCAGUGUUUGAGAACCUUUCUACAGAAGAAGUUGAUGGCUUGUGUUCUCAAAUUACCAGUUACCAUCUUUCACAUCAUUACAUAUUUGUAAUAUACUCACAUUUAGAACACUUAAGAUUUGUGUGUGUGUAUGUAUGACCAAUGAUGUGUAUUACAAAGAUUUGUUCAUUUGAUAUUUGCUAUAUUUUUUAUGGCUCUUAGGAAUUUCUUUUACAUUUUUGAUGUUAGAAUUAAAGUCAAUUAUGUAUAUGGUGAUUAGUUUCUAAUGUGUGGCAACAUUUUUUUAAAAAAGUUUUUUUUUAUAGUAACUACUUAGCGCUUCUUUAAAAUUUUGAAAUCUGUGACUAUAAGUCAUUUCAUCUUUCAUCACAUUGUUAAUAGAACUGCCAAGGUUAUUUCUUAAAGCCAUCAGCUUGUCUUUAUUUUUAUUUUUUUUAACCGUGUUGCAAUUUUUGUGCUUUAAAAGAAUUCUAUAUGUAAUGAUAUUUACAAAUGAUGAGAUUACAUUGUUUGAUAAAUAUUGUGGCAUUUAUAUUUCUUUUUCGUAAUAUUUUUAGCCAUGAAUAAUGUAGUAAUCAUCUAGCGUUUCUAUGUAAUAAAUAUCUUUUCCUCUAAA